AUGAUUUUAUAAGAAGAUAUCUGCAUAUAUCAGUGGCCUAACUUGAAUAAGAAUUCCCAGAAGAGCAAAAACUAAACCCCCUAUAUUUUAUUAGGUAACAAUGACUCGUGAUUAUCAUAUUGAAAGAGCAGAACUAGUUAAAUAAAUUUGAUUUUGGAAGACAGGCUGUAGUGCAUGAUGGCAGAGGAUAAGAGCACAUGUUUGUAUGCUUCAUACUUUUGAAUAAGGGUUGGAUUCUUCCUGCAUAAUUUCAGGGUAGAAGCCAUGACUAUUGCUAAUGGAGGUGCAGCUCCAGCCAGGCUUGAGGGAAAGUCUAGUGCAAUGCUGGUAUGUUGGAUUCUUGGACUCGGGUCCCUUGUAUCAUGGAACAGUAUGCUUACAAUUGGAGAUUACUAUUACAACUUGUUCCCACGAUACCAUCCUUCAAGAGUUCUUACUCUUGUUUAUCAACCAUUUGCUCUUGGUACAAUGGCACUACUAGCUUACAACGAGGCAAAGAUCGACACCCGAAAGAGGAACCUAGCCGGAUAUAUUCUUUUCUGUGCAAGCACCUUUUUGCUUGUAGUAUUGGAUUUAGCCACAUCAGGACGGGGAGGGAUAGCGCCUUAUAUUGGCAUAUGUGUCAUUGUGGGUGCUUUUGGAGUUGCAGAUGCACAUGUUCAAGGUGGAAUGGUUGGAGAUCUCUCCUUUAUGUGUCCUGAAUUCAUCCAAUCCUUCCUAGCCGGCUUGGCUGCAUCAGGGGCUCUAACCUCUGCUUUGAGGCUGAUGACAAAAGCAGCCUUUGAUAAAUCUGCAGGUGGUGAACGCAAGGGUGCAAUGUUAUUCCUAGGAAUCUCUACAUUUUUGGAGUUUCUAUGUAUUAUCCUCUAUGCAUUCUUUUUUCCCAAAUUGCCAAUUGUGAAGCAUUAUCGCAGAAAGGCAGCCUUAGAAGGAUCAAAAACUGUUUCAGCUGACCUUGCUGUUGUUGGCAUCCAAACACAACAAAGCCGAGAAGUUGAUGAUACUAAACAACAAGAGCGGUUGAGCAACAAACAAUUAUUCUUCCAAAACAUAGAUUAUGCAUUGGAAUUAUUUCUGAUAUAUGUGUUGACGCUAUCAAUUUUCCCUGGUUUUUUGUUUGAAAAUACUGGAAAACACCAGUUAGGAUCAUGGUACCCACUUGUUCUCAUUGCAAUGUACAAUGUGUGGGAUUUUAUAUCUAGAUACAUUCCCCUUGUCAAAUGCUUGAGGUUGCCAAGAAAAGGUCUUAUGGUUGGAGUUCUUGCUCGCUUUUUAUUUAUCCCUGCAUUUUACUUCACUGCAAAAUAUGGUGAUCAAGGAUGGAUGAUAAUGCUCACAUCCUUCUUGGGAGUAUCCAAUGGUUAUCUCACCGUUUGUAUCCUCACUAAUGCACCCAAAGGCUACAAGGGACCAGAGCAAAAUGCCUUGGGCAAUUUGCUUGUACUAUGUCUUCUUGGCGGCAUAUUUUCUGGUGUAGCCCUUGAUUGGCUGUGGCUCAUUGGUAAACAAAGCUUUUAAAGAUCUAGCUUUUCAUGUGCCGAUGAUGGAGAAAGUCAAUUCCUCUUCAAUUUUAUCCAUAGUCAAUAUGAGAUAGUAAUAAUUAAAAUCUUUAAUAUAUUAACAUCUUGUAGUUAGUUUAUAUCUAGUAUAAUGUUAUCAUUUGCUUCAUCUUCUCUUCAAAUGGUAGUUGUUUCUUGUUGUCAUUGCUAUUGAAAUAUUGCAAGUGUACACAUGGUAGUAAAU